AUGAGAUGUCAGCCUCAUUGUCUCACACAAGACAAUGACAAAGCUAUGAGAUAUCAGCCUCAUUGUCUCACACAAGACAAUGACAAAGCUAUGAAAUGUCAGCUUCAUUGUCUCACACAAGACAAUGACAAAGCUAUGAGAUAUCAACCUCAUUGUCUCACACAAGACAAUGACAAAGCUAUGAGAUGCCAGCCUCAUUGUCUCACACAAGACAAUGACAAAGCUAUGAGAUGUCAGCCUCAUUGUCUCACACAAGACAAUGACAAAGCUAUGAGAUGUCAGCCUCAUUGUCUCACACAAGACAAUGACAAAUCUAUGAGAUGUCAGCCUCAUUGUCUCACACAAGACAAUGACAAAGCUAUGAGAUGUCAGCCACAUUGUCUCACACAAGACAAUGACAAAGCUGAGAUGUCAGCCUCAUUGUCUCACACAAGACAAUGA